CGCUUGGCGAAGCACACUCGUGCUGCCAGUCUAUGACGUCAGCAAAACAAGCCUUUCGCUGCGUGAUUGCUAGGGUGGCGAUCAAAGCCGAGGCCUAAGCCGAAACUUGGCAGUGAAUGACGUCAGACACUUGUCCCCGUGGUGAAUAUUUUUACGCCGGAAGUUGGCGUUGGGCUGACUCAUUGGAUGACGAUUGCUUGCAUCUAAAGUCGAGCUUAUUUCACUAUAUAGGGGUGGAAGCUUACGGUCUCUAGCUUUUCAACAACAUAGCUCAAACCUGCAAAUAUGAUUUAUCUAGAUGAUAAAAGGUCAUAUAUAAUAGUUAAAAUUAAGAUCAAUAACUGAAACUAUCUAUUUAUUUAACCAAAUGUUGAUACACUUUUUAUCUCAACAACACCCCCACCCCGAUAGUAGAAUCGUCAGGUCAGACUUUUGUUGUUGAUUGACGUCAUCAAGCCCGCGACAUGGAUCCUUCGUCACCUACAGAGAACUCAGAGAAAGUUCAUGUUAUGGAGUCUAGGAAACAGUCUUCAAAUCCGAAGUAUUCAGAUUUGGAAGGCACCAACAUGACUCUGUCUGGAGAGGAAGAUGGCCUCAUCACAGAGGCUACACAGAACUUGCUUGAAUUCGCUGUGACGAAAGGCCACACCAUUCAUAGCGUGACGCACAUGACUCGCACUCAACUUGCGGAUUUUCUUCGCGAUUACUAUGGAAAAGUGAAAGUGAAAAAUGAUGAUUCUUUAACUCUGAAAGAUUUGAGGGCUGGUUUGCACAAAUUUUUCUUGGAGGAGGUAAGCAUCGACAUUCUGCGUGAUCGCACGUUCGAACUGGCGAACGCUACAUUUGAUCUUGCAUUGCGAGCCAAUCCACGCAAAUGCAACAGGAUGCGGAUUGAAAUGGAGGAUUUGAAGAAAAUUUACCUCAGUGAGGCCAUGGAUACGAACAAGCCCGAUUCUCUCCAGAACAAAGUAUUUUUCGAUAUCAGUCUCUAUAUCUGUAAUAAGGGAAAGGAAUAUUUUCGAAACAUGAAAAAGAAUGAUUUCGAUGUCUCAACGGAUAUUCACGGCCGUCGUUAUGUUUGGCUGAAGGAUACCACAAAUACACCAAACUCGCGUGAAGAUGAUUACCCGUUGAAGUUGAAACGAGGAGUUGAAGAGGAGACCCCAACCUACCAAGUAGGAGAAAGGAUGUAUGAAAGACCUGGUGAUCCUCGCUGUCCUCUCUCCUCCUUCCUGAAGUAUGUGACACACUUGCACCCAAUGACAGAUGCCUUCUGGCAGAGGCCAAAGCGUAACGUCUCACAGUCAGACUACGUGUGGUACGACCACACCCCCCUGGGCAGUAGCACACUGACAAAAAUCAUGCAGAGGAUCUCCCUCCAAGCAGGACUGAGUGACAACUACACAAACUACUCGAUUCGCUCGGCGUGCAUUCCACUAGUUGAAGCUGUGUGUGAAGAGGCUUUGAGGAAAGAAAAUGGUGGAGUGGCUCCUUCACAGAAUUCUGUACCGACUGUGGACAUCAUCAAGCCCCCGGGACCCGUCAUGUCUCACUCCACUUCGGAAGAGAUCUCCAGUGACGACGGCCUGUCACAGGCCUCAGACAUGCAGUCGGCCAAAGAUUUUGACCGGAACGGAGGUUCUGUUCGUGUGAAGCCUCCGGGCAUCUCCGUCUCCAGCUCUGUAGGAUCGGGGAGCAUGGAUGCUGAUGAUAGCGAUAUUUAUGGUUUGAUGCAGGCAAAAACUCAAGUACUGGAUCUCAUCCGUGGGCUAAUGGUCAAAGACAUUCAGAAGUUUGUGGACUGGCUCAAGACAGUUCGAGUUCAGUACAGUGCUGGAGAACUGAUUGUACUGUGCAGCCCUGUGGACAAAAGUAAUGUGGAGCCGAUUCCUGAUGACAUCACAGUGGACAGGAAUGGCGUCCCAUCCCGAAACGGCACGCCAGACCCCACCUUCAAAAAGUCGGGCAGUCUGGAUUUGUCUGAGAAGCGCCAGAAACUGAAGAAGGAAUCGUCGGUGAAGGAAGAAGACAAACUCGAUUUGCCCGAGCUGACGGGGACGACUAUCAAGCAAGUGGACUUUAGCUCUGUGGCUGGUGUCCACUGUUCCUCUGACGAGUUUGGGCCCAUGAAGAUCAGCGUCCCUACCCAUGAUACCUUGCUGGUGACGGGAAUCCCAGAGAAUCUCCAACUGAUGAUGCACAAAAAACGUGGUCAGAAUGGACACCGGGAGUCGUUGAUCUCGAGAGUUUUCUGCUCUGAGAAUGAAAUGGAUGUUGCUGAGGUUGUGGCCGUAAUGGGCACUCACAACAAGAAGGCCAAGCAGCGCAAUGGCCACGCGGUGAACAACCAUGUUGCCAGUAGCAACGGCAUCAGCAGCAGCCCAUACCACGUGGUGGAGCAUCAGGUCAAGCACCAGACAACGGUGCUGCACCGCAGCCCUCACCAGGUCAUGGUGACCAUCCCGGCCGCCCACACCCCGAUCAUGUCCACUCUGAGCGCCCGUGAGCACUUCAAGGAUCACAGGAACAAGUCCAUGGGUUGCCUGGAGACCCCGCCCCUUCUGCCCGAAGGCAUGGCCUCCCUGAAGCGAGUGUCCAGCACGGGAACCCCCGUGCUCAAACGGCAGGCCCACGUGAUUGAGCCGUGCGCUAUGUACCCCGAGAACCUGACGGUGAAGCGGCCCCGCGACGACAACCUCCAGGCCACAAAUCUCUCCAUGAAACCACUGAAGAAGACGGAGUCGCAGGAGGCCAAGAGAGCCAGAGCCGACCGGCUGGCCGACUCGCUCCGCUACCACCAGGAAAUUCUCCAGAACUCGCCGCUCAUCAAGCGACCGGGCGAGAGGAAUUUCUCCGGUUUUCGUCACUGUUAUGCCAACACUGUGGGCAAUUCGGUGAAACCCGAGCCUCUCGAUACGUCCUACAGUUGAUGGUCGACUGGAAGAUUGUCUGGUUGAAAUUUUUCUAAGCAGUACCCUUGCUGCUUGUGUUGGCUCCCGAGAGCGGUGAGCUGCAAGUUGUUGUCGCCACGGCAGCUGGUUGUCUGCGGCAUUUUGUUGUCAUUACGCCAUUGUCUAUGAAAACCCGUUUGGGAGUUUGGUCAAAUUAGAUGGUCUCUUGAAGAAGGUGUGAAGACCAACUCGAUGCUAGGACCUGUUGCUUGGACUGAUGUUGGUGUUUGGCGUUUUAUUCAACACCCUUGUUAUGAUGUUGUUCUAGGUAUGGUUUUGAACAGAAUGCUCUGGUUUUGUGAUAUCAUAUGACAUGGCUGUUUUGAAUUUUUUAUACUCACACAUUUGCAGAUUAUUUGUUAGGCCAUCAUGGCCACUUUGUCUGCAAAGUUCUGUGUUUUCUUUAUAAUGCUAGAUUGUACAUAAACAUUAUAUACAUAUGUAUAUAUAUGAUAUGUCAUAUAUAUAUAUAUUUGUGUAUAUAUAUUAUAUAUGCUUUACCUGUGAGUUCAGAAAAUUUCAUAUUUUUCGCUUUGGAUAUGAAACAUGUUAGUUGUUUCGUUUGUGAUAACCAAUUUAUCAUUCAUUAUAAAAAAGAAAAAGAACAAAAAACAUUCUGCUGUUCAAGACAGAACUGCCCCCAUGUGUAUCUGUAGCUAGUUCUUUUUUUUGUAAUUGAAUCUAAAUCCACCGCCAAACUAUAUUCAGUUUCUACAUUCACACAGCUGUAUAGGUACUGUAUAAAGCCACAUUUGUAUUUUGUUUUUUUAUGCUUCGGUACAUGUGCGCACAAAUGGCACUCUCUCGCAGCAGAUGAUCCGCUGUGCCGGAUAGCGACAAGGUUAGUGUGUGUACUCGACACAGAGGCAAAGCCGGAGGUACGGGCUGGACUGUGUUGUCCUUGAGAGGAGCAGACGUGCUGACUGAUGAAGAUCAGUAAAUUAUUAGGUUUUUAAAAAAAAAUUUACUGAUUGGAUUGACCUGAACUGAAAGUGAAAGUUCUGGUAGGCUGUUUGGAUGUCGUGCCGUUUGUUGGCCCAGAGAGACCCUGUGGCCUUUGAUGCACUCUGUAUAGCCACCAAGCUUGGAUGGCUUAGAAAAGAGUCGCUGCAGACUCCCUUCAAGGCAUUGCUCCUCUAAGCAGAUGAUGCACGGCGAGAUGAGAUGUCUGAUUUGAACUUUUGUAUGUUAUCACAUUUUUGAUAGACUGAAUAUUCAAUAGGCUUCUCUGAAUUAUUGUAGAGACAUUCCACUAUGUUGUUGUGACACCCUGAAUUUAAAAAAAAGAUGUUUUAUCCUAUAUUAUCCAAUAGCCUCGUUUAGAGUUUUUGCACAAUGCCAUAAUCAAGAAAUCCAUACCUUGUAAAUUCAAGAAGUCUCCUCUAUUCAAUUGCUGUUUUGAUUUUAGUUCUGUUUGAUGUUUCUUCUGACACAAACAACACUCUGUAAUUAUCCAAGGCACAUGAUUUCUUGUGUUCCUUUUUUUUUUUUUUUUUUUUUUUUUUUUUUUUUUUUUUUGAGAUAUAAGAAUUCAUAUAACUGUUGUGAGUUAUUCCUUCUGUAUGACAUGAACCUGUCUUGUUGACGGCAGGUUGACAUAAUGUAUGUGUUCUCUCAACAAGAAAAGAAAUGAUGUACCACUGUGUUCAGACAGCUUAGACCCGAUAACAUUUCGAGAUAAAUUUUGUCCGAACGUAACGGCAACCUUGAGGCAGCUUCAUUUUCCAUCUGCCAUCAGCUGUGAAAUGCUAAGCCUUGGAACAUGGACAAAUUGGAUGCUAGUGGGGGGGGUCAUAAAUUAAGAAGUGAUUGUCAAUCUCUACUGUAUCUAUACUAGGUGCAGAUAAGCCCACAUUUUUUUUUGUCAAAGAGACAAUGAUUUGCCAUAAGUAAGUUCAUGUUUGGUCUAGCAUCUUUUUCUUCGGGCUUACCCGAUUUAUGAAAAAGGCAUUGUCUCAAGUUGUUAGAUUGAACAGCAAAGGUUCUCUGCCUGUGGUGGUAACUUUGUCAUGGUGCUCCCAAAAUGCGGUACUCCUUACACGUGUAUCGCUUGACCUGUCUUGUUGGGUACAUUGUGUGUACACAGGGUUUAUAAAGUGUAGUCCAGGGUCUAUAAAGAGAUGGUAUAAUAAUGUUUCUUGGAAUUUUUAUGGCAUCGGAAAAGUGCCCCCCCCUCCCCCCUCAGUACCAUGUAUUCACAUUGUAGUUUUGUUGCAUUCUUUCUUGAUCUGCUCUGUUAUAAACGCCUGUGGCAUGAGUAAUGUUAUGGAAAUUUGUACCCCGUGACGAUGAAUAUAUGCGAAAAAUUUAAGUGCCUCAGGUAGCCUUAAUAAAUAAACCUAUGUUUCCAAUUUGAGGUCCCUUUCACGUGUAUAGUAGCAUAGUUCGGAACUUACAUACAUACAUAGGAUGCUUAGCGACUGAUGUCCAGUUUUGUACAUAAAUUGAUACUAACGCGGCAAGUUGUGACAUUGUACAAGUUUCGGGUGUUCCAUUUUCUUUGUGAGCAUGUUGGACUAUGUUCAACAUGUUGAUUAAGGUUGCCAUAGUGUUUUUAGUUCUGUAGCAAAAAUCAUUUGCUUCUGUGUAGUAGUCACCUUGUUGGUAGUGAAGUUUCAGUUGUGUUCAUGUAUACUUUUUGAGAACUUUCUACUGUCAACAUUUGGGGAUUUUAAAAAAGUACGAUUAGCAGGAAGAGGAAACGGUAUGGUUCUAAGGUCAGAGUUUGUUGUGAAAAUAUGCAAGAUUUCUGUCACUGUACGCACAGGACAAGUAUGAUUUCUACGACUGUACGCACAGGAAAAGUAUCUCUGCAUGCCUGGAGAACAACACAAGUUCAUGGGGCAGCUGAUCUGUGACUGCACUGGAGAAACAGCUAGCUCAGGCCAUGUCAUUCGAGUUGAUAUCCCCCCCCCAUUUGCGUUAAUUUUUACCUUGCUUAUCCAUGGAUGUAUAAAGUGCAAUAAUAUCUGUGAUGCUCCCUUUUGGUCCAUUUUUCUUCUUUUCCUUUGAUGUAUAAUUUCUAUUGGACACUCUUAGCUGCUGUUCUGUUGUGGUUUUUUUUUUUUCCGAUUGCUUUAUUCCUUCAUGCUUUGUCUUUACACCUUUUUUUUUUUCAUUUAUCAUAAACAUUCUUCAUUAUUACAACUGAGUUGAACAUGAUUUGUGUCUCACCUAGUGUCGCUUUUUUCUAAGACCAGGGAAAACUUUGUAAAAACCUUUCGUCAUAAAAAAGCAUAUUGUCUAUGUUGUGGCAGUGAAGGGUAUUUUUAAGUGUUUGUGGUGGAGUUGAUUUUGUGUUUUUUCAUUCUGUCGAGGAAAAUUAGAAGGAAAAAAAAAACAAGAACAAAAACUUGGUUGUCUUGUUGUCCAUGUCUCUGUAAUCUUGAGUCUGUAAGGAAUGAGCUCACUGAGAAAGUACUGUGACUGAAGAACUUCGCAAAUGUUGUGUAAGACACGAGCGUGUUUCUUCUUCUUUUUUUUUUUCUGGACUGCCAUUAUAAUGAUGAUUUUUUAUUCCUGUUUGAUUUAGUUGUUUUAUAACCAUCCUUACACUUCGCUUUGCUAAUGACAACUUAUAAAACUUACAAAGGACACGCUUAAUCAACUGUGUAAUAAGUAUAUUAUAUUCUCAUAAUUCUUACUCUUUUAAACUACAGUUAUGGUAACAUUAACCAAGGUAUGUUUUCCCCCCAUGUAGUUUCCUCGAAGUGGACACAGAGGUGAGCGGAGACAGAGAGGUGAGCGGAACAGAGAGAGAGAGGAGGAGGAUAUGAUUUUGCUUUUCUGCUUUCAUUUUUAUUCCAUACCCACAGUGUCAUUUCACUGGUAUGAAGCCUUUUUUUAAUCAGGGUAGAGCAAGAACUUGAAAUAGAAGUAGAAGUGAGCGAACGAGUUUUAACGUUUUUUGUUGAUUUUUUUUUAUUUGGUGAGAGACGAGUGUGGCUGUGUGAUGACACUACUAGUGAUUGGUUCUGUUACUUUUCUAUAGUGAUUGGUUCUGUUACUUUUCUAUAGUGAUUGGUUCUGUUACUUUUCUAUAGUGAUUGGUUCUGUUACUUUUCAAAAGCUGUCUUUAUUUAUGGCAGCUCAUUUUUUACUUUGUUGCUUUCCGCUUUUUUUGAGUUCAAUCAUUUUCAGCUACUUUUUUUUGGUGCAUUUUAUUUCGGAGAGGUAUGGAACUAGAAGAACUAAAUGAGUUGUAGAAGCUGUUCUCGUGGCUCUUCACAAAUUUUCAAGCCUUGUUUGUGAUGCUGCUCCAUCUUAUGCUUGUUCAUUUUGAGUUUUUUAAAGAGCUGAUAUUUUUUUUAUAGAUCUUUUUAAAACAGCUGGAAAAGUUCAUGCAGGCCGUAUGUCAUUUAACCCAUGAGAGGAAAACAGUUUUUGACAAUCUGAUGUCUUCUUUUUUUUUUCCGACUAACUAGCCAAGUUUAUUUGACUUAAGCCUCAUGGCAUGAAUCAUACGCUUACCCUUCUGGAUCAAGUUUCGUUUGUUCUGCAGUGAAUAUAUUGGAAGUUUUAGCUUUUAAAAUGUUCAAGCAAGCUUUUACCCCAAAACAGCUUCUUAGCAAACGGUUCUUCUAGUUAUUGUUUCGUGGACACCUCGGAAAGUUCAUAUUUUGGUCUGGUGCUCUGUAGUUGGAAGUGAUUAGAACUCAAUGUAAUUCAAGGUAAUCUUCAAGUAUUUAAUGUUCCACUUUCGAAAGGUUUUUUUUAAGCUGCCAUUUUGACUUUAUCUACUUCUGGUUAUAUAUACAAUAUUCAUUUAAUGGUAUUAUUUCAUUGAGAAGUUACAGCGAAAGGACUAAGAGCCCCAGUGAGCUGAAUUUUACUUUAUUUUUCUCUUUGAUAUUUGAAAGAGAUUUAAUGUUUGCUUGUUUCAACAUUGUUGGUUGAAAGUUUUUCUCCAAGGUCAAAGAAAUUCUAACGGGAAUGGGGUUUGGGGUUGUUUUUUUCUACCUGUUUUCUGUUACUCUUUUUUUUUUUGUAGGUGCAUUAAAAACAGUCUAUACUAUAUAGAUAUAUAUAUAUAUAUAAGAAAUGUGUGUGUGGUCAUUGGGGUAAAACACUUGAAUGGUUUAGCGAACAAUGUUGACUUGAUGGUCUUUCCAACAGGUGGAAAAAGUUGUUCUACUUUGAGUCGCUUUUCUUUGUUCUAUUUCACUGGCUAUUGUGACUGGAUGAUGAAAUUGGGUGAUUUUGUUAUUAUCGAUCCUGUCAUUUGCUGUCAGUUCAUAUAUACCCCGGUCCAGAGAGGGAAAGGAGGGAAUGUGAUUAGCCCUGAAGGUUGUGGUGCACUGAGCAUUUGUUUCACCAGUUCUCUAUUACAGUGUGUUGACUGUUGUAACCAAAUACCUGAUGCUCUCUUACAGAAAAACUACCGAACUUUAAAUAAAUGAUUUGGCACUGAAUUUUUAUGUCGAGUCUUGAAUUCUCACUAUGAAAAAAAACAAACAACAUACAUAUAUAUAUAUAUAUACGUAUAUAUACUGCGCUUUUUUGUGUUUGGUGUGAAGCUGGAUUCUGUACAUAUAAAAAUCUAGACUUGUCAUUAAAAUCAGAUUUGGUAGACGUAUUUCCUGUAUUGGCUUGUUUUUUCUUGUGUUUAUUACGUUCUUAAAGUCAAUUAAUUUUGACAUACCCAUGAACAUAAUAAUAAUAUGCUGUUUGUGUUUUCGAAAAAAGAAAUUAAAAGAUCCUUUCAAUC